AUGCGCAAAUUAUCUCUUUAUCGAGUGUAUGGUUGUUCAACUGUUCAUCGUAAUAGCAUCAUUGGUUUACCAGAUAAUCGUGUUGCUUUUCUAGCUGGUUCGUAUUUAGUUAUACAUGAUUGUUUAACAAAUGAACAACGUUAUUUAUCUUUUUCUGCGAUUGAAUUUCUUUAUAUAUCAUCAAGUGGUUUAUUAAUGGGUAUAAUAGAUCGUUUUACACAAAAUGGAGAUACACGUAUACAUAUAUAUUCAACAAAACCAGUCGAUUUAUUAUGUACUAUCGAACCAGAUCGAUUCGGAAGUUUUAUUGGAAUAACAAUCAAUAAAAAUGAUAAUUUACUUAUGAUUUUGCAUAAUGAACCAGCUUAUAUGAUUACAAUUCAAGAAAUGCAAAUUGAAUUCGAUGAACAACAUAAAUUCAAUAUGACUGAUUUAGCUUCAGUACGUGUUGUUCAUGGAUUUGUUUUUAAUCGAAUGAUAAAAAAAGAAAUUAUACCUCAUGUAGCAUUUAUUAGUUUUUGUCCAUAUUCAUUAAAUCUUUUUUGUGCAACUGGGUCAGCAUUAUUUAAAAUUUAUGAAAUUGAUAAUCAAAAUGUUAAUCAACAAACUAUUCAUUUUCGAGCAGAAUUUUAUAUAUUUACAUGUCAUUGUUGGCUUGAUGUCAAUAGUAUUUUAACAGCUACUAAUCAUGGACAUAUAUUUUGGAUUCAAGAUGGUUCUAUUCGUUCAGAUAUUAAUCUUGAAGAAUCGAUUACUGUUGAUUUACAUUUCUUAAAAAAGAAUAUAUCCAAUGAAAAUUCGAGUCAACAAUCGAUGACAUUAAAAUCUUCAUCAAGAAUAAAUACAUUAGAAUAUGGCAAGAUUCUCUUCUAUUUUUUUUUUUAA